AUGGCUAAGAGUUCCUUCAAGCUUUCGAAUCCUCUGGAGGCAAGGAUGGGUGAAGCUACUCGAAUCAGAGAGAAGUACCCUGACAGAAUCCCUGUGAUUGUUGAAAAGGCUGGACAAAGUGAUGUUCCUGACAUUGACAAGAAGAAGUAUCUUGUGCCAGCAGAUCUAACCGUUGGGCAGUUUGUAUACGUGGUUCGCAAAAGAAUCAAGCUUGGAGCUGAGAAAGCCAUCUUUGUCUUUGUCAAGAACACGUUGCCUCCAACUGCUGCAUUGAUGUCUGCAAUCUAUGAAGAACACAAGGAUGAAGACGGGUUCCUCUACAUGACCUACAGCGGAGAGAACACGUUUGGAUCUUUUAUCGCAGCUUGA